AUGUUUCAGCACUACCCCAGCCUGAUCCUGCUGCUGGUGCAUCACACAGGCGGGACCGGAGUGCAGGUGGUGCGUCAGACAUGCACUGACCAACUGGCAAUUGUCUUCUCUGACAUUUUCAACCUGUUCCUGGCCGAGUCUGUAAAAUCUACAUGUUUCAAGCAGACCACCAUAGUCCCUGUGCCCAAGAACACCAAGUCUCUUUCUUUGACGGACAGGAAACGAAGCCCAUCAGCAUCUAGGGAUACAAACCAAAAAUACGACCAAAGGGAGGAGCGGGGUCAGUAUGCCCCGGGGGACGGCACCAUGCCCAGAUCACCGUCCGACUACGGGGAUGGGGACCCUCGGCGUGGGGCCCCACGGAGGUACCAAGAUGCUGAGGCGGCGCGGGGGGAGUACCGUGGUGGGCGUGGCCGCUGGCGCUCCCAGGAGGACUACCCUCUGGACCAGGACGGGCCCUACCCUCUAGACGGGCAGCCCAGUGAGUACGAGCUGCAGCGCCAGCGCCAGGAGGAGUACCAGACACGCUACCGCUCCGACCCCAACCUGGCCCGUUACCCCGUCAAGCCCCAGCCCUACGAGGAGCAGAUGAGGAUGCAUGCUGAGGUGGGCCGGGCCAGGCACGAGAGGCGCCACAGUGAUGUGUCUCUGGCCUACACGGAGCAGGACGAGCCCCAGGGACCAAUCCGCCUGUCCAGACAGCACCUGACCGAGCGCCGGCCGCCCAUGGUGGGCCAACGCUCCUACUCCAUGGACAGAAACUCCCCCACCCCUGGAGGCCACCACCGGACCUCCAACCACAGCCCCCCCACCCCACACCGCAGCCCCGUGCUGGGGGACAGGUCAGGGGACAUGAGGCGGGGGCCAGGGGAGCCAAUAGGGUUCAGGGGUCAUGAUUAUCUGGACCCCAGCUCUGCAGUCAGGAAGACCAAGAGGGAGAAGAUGGACACCAUGUUGAGGAACGACUCUCUGAGCUCUGACCAGUCCGAGUCCAUCAGGCCGCCGCCACCAAAGCCCCACAAAACUAAAAAGGGGGGUAAGAUGCGGCAAGUGUCCCUGAGCAGCUCGGAGGAGGAACUGGCCACCACGCCGGAGUACACCAGCUGUGAGGACGUGGAGAUAGAGAGUGAGUCUGUCAGUGAGAAAGGAGAUUUGGAUGGCCACUGGUUGGACCAUGCGUCAUGGCAUAGCAGCGAGGCCUCCCCAAUGUCUUUGCAUCCAGUGACAUGGCAGCCCUCCAAAGAUGGGGAGCGCCUAAUAGGGCGGAUUCUGCUCAACAAGCGGAUGAAGGAUGGAAGUGUACCUCGAGACUCAGGAGCACUGCUGGGACUGAAGGUGGUGGGUGGAAAGAUGACAGAAUCUGGUAGACUUUGUGCUUUCAUCACUAAAGUGAGGAAAGGAAGUCUAGCGGAUACUGUUGGACACCUCAGACCAGGCGACCAGGUGCUGGAGUGGAACGGGAGGUUUUUACAAGGAGCCACAUUUAAAGAAGUUUACAAUAUCAUUCUAGAAUCAAAGCCAGAACCCCAGGUGGAACUGGUGGUCUCAAGGCCCAUAGGAGAUAUUCCUCGGAUACCAGACAGCACACAUGCACAACUGGAAUCAAGUUCGAGUUCCUUUGAGUCUCAGAAGAUGGAUCGCCCCUCUAUCUCUGUCACGUCUCCCAUGAGCCCCGGGAUGCUGCGGGACGCCCCCCAGUACCUGUCAGGACAGCUCUCAAGCCAAAGCCUUAGUAGAAGAACAGCGCCUUUUGUCCCUAGGGUCCAGGUCAAACUGUGGUAUGACAAAGUGGGCCAUCAGCUAAUAGUGACCAUCCUGGGAGCCAAGGACCUGCCUUCUAGGGAAGAUGGCCGCCCCAGGAACCCUUACGUCAAAAUCUACUUCCUCCCUGACAGAAGCGACAAAAGCAAGAGGAGAACAAAAACGGUAAAGAAAUCCUUAGAGCCCAAAUGGAACCAGACCUUUAUGUAUUCUCCUGUGCACCGGCGGGAGUUCCGUGAGCGUAUGUUGGAAAUCACCCUGUGGGACCAGGCCAGGGUCAGGGAGGAGGAAAGCCAGUUCCUGGGAGAGAUACUGAUAGAGCUGGAGACAGCCCUGCUGGAUGAUGAGCCUCACUGGUACAAGCUGCAGACCCACGACGUGUCCUCCAUGCCCCUCCCCCGCGCCUCGCCCAACCCCCAGCGCAGACAGCUCCACGGAGAGAGCCCCACGAGGAGGCUACCCAUACAGAGAUCUCAGAGAAUCAGCGACAGUGAGAUCUCUGACUAUGACUGUGAAGACGGUGUUGGGGUAGUGUCAGACUACCGGCAGAACGGCAGGGACCUUCAUAGUUCCACGUUGUCUGUCCCAGAGCAGGCGAUGUCAUCCAACCACUGCUCGCGGUCGGCAGACAUGAACCGGGCGCGUUCACGGUCCCCCAGCGUUCCCCCUCCACAGAGCAGAAGCCUGGACCCCGGCUAUGACAUUGACCCCGCCUCGUCUCAGUACAGCUCCUCCAGUAGAGUGGACCGGCGCAGUGUGUCCGAUGACCACCACUCACCUGACAGCCGCAACCACCGCAUAUCCAACAUCAGUCGAGAAGAGGCUGUCAGGUUACUGCGCUCCACUAGGAUGUCCCGAGCCCACUCAGAGGGCGUGUACUCCUCCUCUGCUUCCGUCGACUAUGACUACAAGAGGAACCACGGAGCCGUUGACAGGCAUGUGUAUCACAGCAGGUCCAGGUCAGCUGACCAGCGUCCCGCGCUAGAGCACACCACCACCUCCCGCUCGCGGUCCACGGAGCGGCCUGACUCCGCCCUCAUGAGGUCCAUGCCGUCUUUACCCUCCGGACGCUCCGCCCCUCCCUCACCUGCCUUAACGAGACUCACCCGGACUGUACCACUUUGUGCCUCCCCCCGUAGGGCGAACCCCCGCAGCGGAUCGGCCCAAACCAGCCCCACCAGUACCCCCAUGUCCGACAGGAGAGGAGGUCGGCAACUACCACAGCUUCCACCCACAGGGACCAAGGGCAGAAGUGCUAUGGAUAUGGAGGAGAGGACCAGACAGAUGAAGCUGAAGGUGAACAAGUUCAAGCAGGGGGCCGGGUGCGACUCCAGACUGGAACAGGACUACAAGAGGAGGGAUGGUCAGCGGGGUUCAGACAACAUGUCAGCCAAGUCUUCGGACAGUGAUGUAAGCGACGUGUCCGCUGUGUCGAGAACCAGUAGUGCCUCUCGGUUCAGCAGCACGAGCUACAUGUCUGUCCAGUCAGAACGGCCGCGAGGAAAGCAGAAGAUCAGUGACUUUACGUCCAAAAUGAAAAACAGGCAGUUGGGCUCGUCGUCAGGGAGUAUGAACAUGACCAAGAGCACAAGCAUCGGUGGAGACAUGUGCAACCUGGAGAAGACGGACGGCAGCCAAUCGGACACGGGCGUGGGCAUGGUAGGCGGGGACGAGGAUAAGAAGAGGCGCUCCAGUAUUGGUGCCAAAAUGGCGGCAGUGGUUGGCCUCUCGCGGAAAAGCAGGAGUACCUCUCAGCUCAGCCAAACAGAAGCCGGUGGGAAGAAGCUUCGCAGCACCGUGCAGAGGAGCACAGAGACGGGUUUGGCCGUAGAGAUGAGGAGCAGGAUGACUCGGCAGGCCAGCAGGGAGUCCACCGACGGCAGCAUGAACAGCUACAGCUCCGAGGGAAACCUGAUCUUCCCUGGUGUGAGACUGUCCUCCGACGCCCAGUUCUCUGACUUCCUGGAUGGACUAGGCCCAGCCCAGCUGGUUGGACGACAGACGCUAGCUACACCACCCAUGGGUGACAUCCAGAUUGGAAUCGUGGACAAGAAAGGAGCGCUGGAGGUGGAAGUGAUCCGAGCCCGUGGCCUUGUGGGAAAACCAGGUUCCAAGGCACUGCCAGCACCAUAUGUAAAAGUGUAUCUUUUGGAAAACGGAGCCUGCAUAGCCAAAAAGAAAACAAAAGUAGCAAGAAAAACCUUGGAUCCCCUUUACCAGCAGCAACUGCCUUUCGAAGAGGCUCCUGGAGGGAAAGUUCUACAGAUCAUCGUAUGGGGAGACUACGGACGCAUGGACCAUAAAUCCUUUAUGGGAGCAGUUCAGAUACUUUUAGAUGAGCUGGACCUGUCUAACAUGGUGAUUGGCUGGUUCAAGCUCUUUCCUCCUUCCUCAUUGGUGGACCCUACCCUGGCCCCCUUGACAAGAAGAGCUUCCCAAACGUCAUUGGAUAGCCGGUCAUAGCAGUGUGUGGACUGAUAGCAUUGUUGUAGCAGCAGCACUCAGUGUUGAGGUUAAACAAGCUGCGACAGACCGGUCACGCCCCCCGGUUACACUGCAUGCUUGAUGUUGUGUCUUCUGAGCCUGUUUCUAGGGGUGCAAACGUGAUCCUGUGUUUUGAGCAAAAUGUCGCACACAUUGUGCGUAGCGAGCGUCGCUCCCUCAGCCGGGUCGGAGCGCCAGCUCAGAUUGGAAGGCCGUAACGGACUUCUUAGCACCAGGAAUUGUCUCUAAAUCGAGCGAUUCCAGGUUUUCAUCCAAUCUUAAGCCAUGGGGGUCGAAACUGGGAACCCGCUCGAUGAGUUCUACAGAAGCCCUUUUCGAAUGAAAAAUACAUGUUUUAGUUUUUAAUUAAUUAUUUAGUUUUUUGUUUGUUUUAAUUGUCGAUGUACUUGCAUACCUGAAGGGGUGACUGACAGUGUUGUCCUGUCCAGAAGCUUGGUCAUGCCACGCCAACAGACCUAGCUAGAUGUGUAAAUGGAACUAUGAGGAUCAUUGCAAUAGGAGAGGUGGGGUGUCCCAACUAAAGCUCAAACUCCGAAUAUGAGGCCCUAUAUAAAUACCUAUAGGUAGUAGAUCACACCAGAGAGACAAUACUAAAGUUACUAAAGGCAAUACAAAAGUGGCUAGUGUACUAUCGACACUCCAGAAUCUUUUGAUCAGAACCCACAACAAGGCUAACUUUUAUGACCUAACGUUAUUAUUUCUCUGUUGAUAUAUUGUAUGACAUUUAAAUGAAGAUUUAAAAAAAAAAAAAUUAAUGAUUUUUUUGCAUGGACAAAAAUUUAGCUGAAAAAAAGAAAAGAAAAUUAUUUUCUUGAGGCUGCGACUUGCAAAAAAAGAUGAAGAAAAACAAAUAAAACACAUCAGCCAUUUUCAACAAUUUAUAUUAUUUUUAAAUAUAAAUUUCACUAGUGCAUGGUUUUCAAAGGGGAGUGAAUGCAACAGCGUGAUAAAAAAAGACACAUUGUUUAUCAUUCUUUAGACCAUCCAUAACAUAAGUCUGUGUUUGGCAGACAUACAGUAAGAGAAACUCAAAUAAAAACUUUUGGAGUUAAUUAUCCAAAACAACUGUUUAUGUGACAAAGUGAUGAUGAAAAUAAAUGUCAAUUAUUUAUUUCAUUGUAAAGGUUUACAAGCCUUAUAAAGAUAAACAUUAUGUGCAAAUUGUACACGUCUCUUUCUCUCCCUUGUCCUAGGGCAUCCCCCUGAUAUUGUCCAGAGUUUCAGGACUGUUGGUUCUUUUACAGCUCUGUAUCGUUUCAAAUGUCUUUUUUUGGGGGGGGGGGGGGUUUGAUUUGUUUAACAAGCAUGUUGAAAAGGAUUUUCUGCAACAUGGCUUGGUCACACCUUAAAGUAACUCAGCAUGUUUUGAUAAAGAGGAUAUUUGGGAGUUUUGCAGUUUCUUGUACAGUGCAUGUCAACUUAGUUACUUUUCCCCCCUCACCUUCAAUUGAAUUCUACAGCAAAUUAAUUUAGUUACUUUCAUGGCCAGACUAUUAAAACGUUAUAUAACAAAACAUUCCACCAACCCCUAGAUCAUAUUUUAUUUCCACUUUUUCAAAAAGAAUGACAAAGAAAAAUAUUUUAUAUUCAUUGGAGGUUGACAAAAAAGUUGUGGUUGCAAGUGUAUUUUAUUUCAGUAUUGUUAACUAACAUGCAAAAAUAAUCUGUAUUGGUACAGCAAGAAGGAUAUUUAUAUCCAAGCAAGAAGCGGCAAACAUACAACUUAUGUACUGUAUAUUGCUGUGUAGUUCAGGCACUGUUUCUGAGGACGAGUAAAAACACAAGGUCAAACAACAUGGGAUGUUGCCACACUAUAUGAAUUUAGUUUUUUUGUUUUUGUGAAAAGAAAAUUAAUUUCAUAUUUUUAUUAGUUUAUUUACAAGCCAAGACCAGUUUUUAUUUUUUAUUUUUAGUAAUUAUAAAUGCUUCUUGUGUAUGGGAGGUAUAAGAAUCGUACAGUUAUGUCUGAAUGAAAAUAAACUGAGACAUUAUUCCUUUUCCAUGUUAAACCUAUACAUUCUAAUGUCCAUCCAAUAUCUUGAUGCUAUAUACUUUCAUUUUUGAUUGACAUUGUACAUAUUAGAAAUUUGAAUAAAACAAGCAAACUCAAAUAGAUGAAUACAAUAUUUUGGAAUAGGAAUAAUGUCUCACAUGAUGACAAAGACAUGUUAUUUACCCUUUUGAAUGCCUUUUCUUUCUUUUGUUUUGGUGCAAUGUGUUUAUGCCAAGGCUAUGUCUUGGUGAAGUAUGGUUGAGUACAGAGAUUUAUGUAAGUUAUUUUUCAAAUAAAAAAUGGAUAUUACACCGACA